GUACAGAUACCCCAGGUGAGCUAUGCCUCCACGGCUCCAGAGCUGAGCGACAACACCCGCUACGACUUCUUCUCCCGUGUGGUGCCUCCAGACACGUAUCAGGCCCAGGCCAUGGUGGACAUUGUUAAGGCCAUGCGCUGGAACUAUGUCUCCACUGUGGCCUCAGAGGGAAACUACGGAGAAAGCGGCGUUGAAGCUUUCAUUCAGAAGUCUCGGGAGGAUGGUGGCGUGUGCAUCUCACAGUCAGUCAAGAUUCCCCGGGAACCCAAACAGGGAGAGUUUAACACGAUCAUCCAAAGACUUGGGGAAAAUCCAAAUGCAAGAGUCGUCAUUCUUUUCGCCAACGAAGACGACAUCAGGCGUCUACUCCAUGCAGCAAGAAAGGCCAACCAGACGGGUCAUUUUAUCUGGGUGGGUUCAGACAGCUGGGGCUCAAAGAUCUCUCCGGUUGUGCACCAGGAGGAGAUGGCGGAGGGAGCAGUCACCAUCUUGCCAAAGCGACAGUCCAUCAAAGGGUUUGAUAGGUACUUCAUCAGCCGAACGCUGGAAAACAACAGAAGGAAUAUCUGGUUUGCUGAGUUCUGGGAGAACAACUUCAACUGCAAACUCAGCCGUCACGCGGUGAAGAAAGGGUCCGGGCUCAAAAAGUGCACAAAUCAGGAGCGGAUAGGAAAGGACUCCCAUUAUGAGCAAGAAGGAAAGGUGCAGUUUGUUAUAGAUGCAGUGUAUUCAAUGGCUCACGCCUUGCACAACAUGCACAAAGAGCUCUGCCCUGGGAAGGUGGGUCUCUGCGCUAGAAUGGAUCCCAUCAACGGCACCCACCUCCUCAAGCAUAUUCGACGGCUAAAGUUCUCAGGCAUUGCUGGCAACCCAGUGCUCUUCAAUGAAAACGGAGACGCCCCAGGACGCUACGAUAUCUACCAAUACCAGAUCAGAAACCGAACGGCAGAAUAUAAAGUCAUUGGUAACUGGACGGACCAGCUGCAUCUGACUGUGCGUUCGAUGCAGUGGCCAGGCGGAGUCCGGCAGAUCCCGUCCUCCAUCUGCAGUCAGCCCUGUCAGCCAGGCGAGCGCAAGAAGAUAGUGAAGGGCAUCCCUUGCUGCUGGCAUUGCGAGCGCUGUGACGGCUAUCAGUACCAGGCCGACACCUACACGUGUAAAAUGUGCCGCUUCGACUUGCGUCCCAACGAGAAUCACACGGGCUGCGUUCCAAUCCCCAUUGUUAAGCUGGAGUGGAGCUCCCCCUGGGCUGUCAUCCCUGUGCUCAUCGCCGUCCUUGGCAUCAUGGCCACUUUGUUUGUGGUGGUCACCUUCAUCCGUUACAAUGAUACUCCGAUUGUGAAGGCGUCGGGCAGGGAGCUGAGCUACGUGCUGCUGACUGGAAUCUUUCUCUGUUACGCCACGACGUUCCUGAUGAUCUCCACCCCCGACGUGGGAAUCUGCUCCCUGCGCCGGAUCUUCCUGGGCCUCGGGAUGAGCAUCAGCUACGCAGCUCUGCUCACCAAAACCAAUCGCAUUUACCGCAUCUUCGAGCAGGGCACCAUGUCUGUGAGCGCACCCAGGUUCAUUUCUCCAGCCUCUCAGCUCGUCAUCACGUUCACGCUGGCCUCAGUGCAGCUGCUCGGGGUGUGCAUCUGGUUCGGCAUGGACCCCUCCAAGGCCAUUAUUGACUAUGAAGACCAGAGGACAUCUAACCCGACGCUGGCUCGUGGCGUGCUCAAGUGUGACAUCUCUGACCUUUCCCUCAUCUGCCUGCUGGGCUACAGCAUGUUGCUCAUGGUCACCUGUACAGUCUACGCCAUCAAAACGAGAGGCGUGCCGGAGACGUUCAAUGAGGCCAAGCCCAUUGGUUUCACCAUGUACACCACCUGCAUUAUUUGGCUUGCAUUCAUCCCCAUCUUCUUUGGCACUUCACAAUCCACAGAAAAGCCUUCUCCACAAAGCAAACCUACAUCAGCUACAGCAACCAUGCAAUCUAAGGUACAAAGGUUCUUAUCUCAAUUCAAGAUUUCCACCCCAGCGGAGAGAAAAAAAAAUACACGCAGUGGAAUUUCACAGCUGAAAAAAGAAGUGUCAUUGUGCAGGGGGAGAUCACACAAGCAAUGCCCAAAGACAUGACACGCUGAGGAGAAACCACAAAGAGGGGCGGAGAUGGACAAAAGAGGCGAGGGGAACAGAUAACUGUACAAUUUUAAGGCUCCAUCUUCUGUCAACCAACAAGAGUACACACACUGAAAAAAAAUAAAAUAAAAUACUUGCACGGCAGAGGUCUGGAGUCUGAAGGAUGGAGCUUUUCUUUAGAGUGUUUACAUUUCAGCUAUGCCGUCUCUCAAAGAUUUCUGUCAUCUCACGCAUUGCUGACUGGAACUGAAUCUCAAUCAAGAAUUGUGUUAUCUUCAAGUACUUUAAAGGCAUUGCGAGGGAUUAAUCAACACCAAAAAGGCAUGAAGACGUGAUCCAUGGAUUUAUAAAACGAGCUUCUGUUUGUUUGUUUUUAUUCAUUAUACAUUCCAGUCUUAUGACUCAGAUGACUGGAAACAGGGAUCAUCUCAGCAAUGCAACAGAUCGUACCAGACCACACGUGUUUCUCUGUCCUCUUUCAGGGUCCAACUGGGUUAAGAAGGACCACGCUUAUAUAAGAGGAUCGUUUUUGAGCAUGCCAGUUUCAACAUCCUGUAUUGUGUUGUUUACCAAAUAAAAUAAGGAGAAAAAAAAAGAAGAAGAAGAAGAAAAAUACAAUAUCUUUGGAAUGCUUUUAAACUUUGUUGCAGCGUUGUUAAAAAUUGUUUAGGCGCGGGCCUACUGUACGUUCAAAAAUCUGUUCUCAAUUGGUGAAAAGGUCUAGUGAGUGAUUGUUUAUCUGUGCUUAAUUGAGGUCAUGAGUUGUAUUAACAGCUAGCCUAAAAGGCUACCACUGCCCUUCUCAUACUUGUAUGUCCUUUGAAACGGUGGACCGCGGUCAGUGUUUGAGCCCGCGGAGAUCUCACUGUGAGCUGUCAUCCAGGAUGACCCUUCCAUCACUGCCAUCAGCUACCCCCCUGGUAACGUGAGCAAAGUGUAAGGCUGAAGCUUAGCUGUACAGAUCCAUUAGCAGGGGAAUUAAGAUGAAGUGCGCCCUUGUGGGGAUCGUACAGCUCGCCCUGAGGAUGAUAUCCGUAAUGGGCACGCUACAGAGAAAAUUCAUUACUGUACAUGUCCUCUUCAGGCACUCUCGUGAUAAAAGGGAGGGGCGAGGAAGGUGUAAAGCUUUUCGACAAAUGAAAAUCAAAUUGCAAAAGAUAUGCUACAUCUCUAUCAAUCCACCCCGAGCUCGCUGAAUAGAUUAAUAUUUGGCUUUGUGCAGUAUAAAAGCCCUCUGAUGUCUCGGGAGAACGUUGUGGGGUCAUUUGUGUUGUGAAUUCAGUGCCGCUCCUCAUGCCUCCCUCUUUAUUACUUUCAACACCAUUUGUGUUGCAGAAUAAAAUGUGAGUGCUGACCAAAUUAAAUGGCAAGUUAAUGUAUGUUAUUAAAUAGAUUGAUGAUGUCUGCUUUAUGUCCUGACAUAUCCUAAAAUUGAGGAAAUGUACAAAAAAGAUGCAGUGCCUGGCUAUAUGACUAUGUAUUUGUAAAACCUCAAGACAAGUUAAGAAGUGUGUGAAGCAUGUUUAGUUUUUUUAUACAAAAUGUAUUAUUUCUAUUAAAAAUGUUUUAAAAA